GGCCCGGGCGCCCGGAGCUGUAGCAGCGGCCGCCGCCGCCGUUACCGCGUCAGGAGCCCCAGCGCCGGGGCCGCCACCGCGGCGGGCGGGCACUCGGGUUCCGGGCGCGCACGGGCCAUGGAGAGGGCGGCCCAGGGCGCGGACGGCGGCGCGGGCAGCAACAGCAGCAGCCGCAGCAGCAGCCGCGCCACCUCGGCGGGCUCCUCGCCCUCCUGCUCCCUGGCGGGCCGGGGGAUCUCGGGCCGGUCGGCGGUAGCCGGGUUCGGCGGCGGGGGCAGCCGCAGCAGCCCGGGCUCGGUGGCUGCUAGCCCGUCCGGGGGAGACGGCCGCCGGAGGGAGCCGGCGCUCGAGGGCGUGCUCAGCAAGUACACCAACCUCCUCCAGGGCUGGCAGAACAGGUACUUUGUGCUGGACUUUGAGGCUGGCCUCCUGCAGUAUUUUGUGAAUGAGCCAAGCAAGCACCAGAAGCCCCGAGGAGCCCUGUCUUUAUCCGGAGCCAUAGUGUCCCUGAGCGACGAAGCUCCCCACAUGCUGGUCGUGUACUCUGCCAACGGAGAGAUGUACAAGCUGAGAGCUGCUGAUGCAAAAGAGAAACAGCUCUGGGUGACUCAGCUGCGCGCUUGUGCCAAAUACCACAUGGAAACGAAUUCUAAGACUACUCCAAGCUCCCGAAGCCGAAGUCUCACUUUGCUCCCCCAUGGAACACCCAAUUCUGCAUCUCCCUGUAGCCAGAGACACCUCGGUGUGGGGGCCCCCGCUGUUGUCACAGUCACGCAUCACAAGUCGCCUGCAGCUGCCCGAAGAACCAAGAGUCAGUAUUCCGGCCAGCUCCACGAAGUCAGAGAGAUGAUGAACCAGGUGGAAGGUCAGCAGAAGAACCUUGUGCACGCCAUCGAGUCUCUGCCGGGUUCCGGCCCCCUCACUGCCUUGGACCAGGAUCUUCUGCUCCUGAAAGCUACCUCCGCCGCCACCCUCAGCUGCCUCGGGGAGUGCUUCAACUUGUUGCAGCAGAGUGUGCACCAGGUGGGCCAGGCCAGCCACAAGCCCGUGGCCUCAGAAAACAUCCUGGGAUGGCCCGGGCCCAAGUCACAUUCCACAGAGCAGCUGAAAAAUGGGACAUUUGGCUCUUUGCCAUCCGCCAGUGCCAACAUAACCUGGGCAAUUUUACCCAACACUGCUGAAGAUGAACAAGCCUUACAGCCAGAGCCGAACUCAGGCCCUGAAUUGGUUUUGUCCGAAGAUGAAAAAAGCGACACUGAAGAUAAGGAAGAGGCAGAACUUGGCGUCAUGGAGGAUCAGCGCAGUGUAAUUCUUCAUCUCAUCUCGCAGCUCAAACUUGGAAUGGAUUUGACCAAGGUGGUGCUCCCCACAUUUAUCCUGGAGAAGCGAUCUUUGCUGGAGAUGUAUGCGGACUUCAUGGCGCACCCGGACCUGCUGCUGGCCGUCACCGCGGGAGCCACGCCGGAGGAGAGAGUCAUUUGCUUUGUGGAGUAUUAUCUCACCGCCUUCCACGAGGGCCGCAAGGGGGCCUUGGCCAAGAAGCCUUACAACCCCAUCAUCGGCGAGACGUUUCACUGCUCCUGGGAGGUUCCCAGGGACAGGGUCAAGCCAAAGAGGACUGCCCCCCACUCUCCUCCCAGCCGCGAACACCUGAUUGCCGGUGACCCUGCGGAAAGCUACAAGCUGCGGUUUGUGGCCGAGCAGGUGUCCCAUCACCCACCCAUCUCCUGCUUCUACUGUGAGUGCAAGGAGAAGAGACUGUGUAUCAACACUCACGUAUGGACCAAAAGCAAGUUCAUGGGCAUGUCCGUGGGGGUCUCAAUGAUAGGAGAAGGUGUGCUGAGGCUCCUGGAACACGGGGAGGAGUACGUGUUCACCCUGCCCAGUGCCUACGCCCGCUCCAUCCUCACCAUCCCCUGGGUGGAGCUUGGAGGAAAAGUCAGCAUCAACUGUGCCAAGACCGGGUACUCGGCAACCGUGAUAUUCCACACGAAGCCUUUCUACGGAGGGAAAGUCCACAGGGUCACGGCAGAGGUGAAGCACAACCCAACCAACACCAUUGUUUGUAAAGUCCACGGGGAGUGGAACGGCACCUUAGAGUUCACCUACAACAACGGAGAAACCAAAGUCGUGGACACGACCACGUUGCCAGUGUGCCCCAAGAAGAUCCGCCCUCUGGAGAAGCAGGGGCCCAUGGAGUCCAGGAACCUCUGGCGGGAGGUGACCCGCUACCUGCGGCUGGGGGACAUCGAUGCCGCCACCGAGCAGAAGCGGCGCCUGGAGGACAAGCAGCGGAUGGAGGAGCGGAAGCGGGAGAACCUCCGCACCCCAUGGCAGCCCAAGUACUUUAUCCAGGAGGGUGAUGGCUGGGUCUACUUCAAUCCCCUGUGGAAGGCACACUGACCGGGUGGAGGUGUGGAGCAUUCAGGAAGAGCCCCGUUUUUGUAGGAAUUAAAGUGGUACAGUAUCAAGGUUC